CACGUGCCUUGCGCUGUUCCUUCCUUCCUCCUUCUCGAGCUGGUCCGCCAUGAUGACACAUGAUGCAGCCAUGGUGCAACUUUGUGAAUGGGGCGGAGCAUUUGAGGGAGACUCUAGGAAGUGGAGGACCUAGGGCGUUAAAAAAUGCGCCGAUGCUUUUUCCAGCGGGGGAGUUCGAGAUUCUCGCGGGGAAUGCUUGAUGAAAGCCUCGCAGAGUGCGGAUAGGUUAUCCACCGAUCUCAAACGGAGCUCAGUGGUGGUACUUAGGCGCGGCUCAGGGGCCGCUUGCGGGUGUGAUCAUUCAGCAUUCCAACCAGGGACUAAUGCAAGUUUUGAAGUCGCCGCAGGGCGCUCUCGCUUCCACCUCACAAAAGUGGCCACCAUCCCAUUAUGUGAUUGCAAGAUCAGGUUCACUUCGCCUUUCGUCACCCCUGCCUGCGAAAUGUGCACAUGUUUCCGCACCUAGUGUCAACGAGCACUGAAAGUAGCAGAGUCUCCUUCAAUGUGGGACAGCAUUUGAGCUCCCAAAGAUGAAGAGCCACAGGAGCGUGCCUUUUGAGGGGAUCCCCUUAGACACCAUGGAGCUUUCUGAGGAUGAGGACUCCGGCCUUCUCAGGCCCCAAAGCGGAGCAAUGCCGCCGACAAAAGCGGAGAAGCGGAGAGGGUGUUUUUGGGCAAGUCUGUGCACGAGUCUCGGGCACGUGCUUCUGGGAACACGGCUGAACGUGCUGCUGAUCUUUGUUCCGGUAGCGGUGGUCGCGGACGUGCUCAGACUGGGCAAGGCAUGGGCGUUCUCCUUCACUCUCCUAGCCAUCGUACCGCUGGCGGAGCGCCUGGGCUUUCUCACCGAGCAGCUGGCGAUGCACACGAACUCAACUGUUGGGGGCCUGAUGAACGCCACCUUUGGCAACGCCACCGAAGUGAUCGUCGCCGUUUUCGCGCUGAGGGGGGGUCUCCUAAGAGUGGUCCAACUGUCCCUCCUUGGGUCCAUCUUAUCCAACAUGCUGCUGGUUCUGGGAACGUCCUUCUUCCUGGGGGGUUGCCUCAUUAAAGUGCAACGCUUCAACCAGACUGCCGCUCUGGUCAACUCGGGCCUCCUGCUUAUGGCCGUGAUGGGGAUGCUAUUGCCUGCCGUCUUAUACGCCACGCACACCGAGCUGCGCGACGGCACCUCCGAGCUGUUCCUCUCCCGCUUCACCAGCCUGCUUAUGCUCAUAGCCUAUGGCGCGUACUUAUACUUUCAGCUCAAAAGCCACAGCGACCUAUACUUGGACGCCUCCGAGUGUGGCGGUCAAGCGGCGCAAAUCGAACUUUCGGAGGGGCGCCUUUUCAACGGGCACGAAAAUGGACACGUGGCAUUCCCCCAGCCGUCGGUCGAAGAAUCACCUUCGAGUGGACACGUGACGGCACUGGGGUCACCGGAAGGCCACGAGCGAACGGAUCCCUACCGAGAUAACCCACCGAAACCCGCCGAUAACCCGGCCGUUGACCCGAACCCUAACCCGGGUUGCGCCCUCUGCUGCCCUCACGGAAAACCUCUCCCCGCCCUGAGUAACGUCAUCAGCCUGGCAGCGGCCACUGAUGACGUCAGCAAAGAGGAGGAGGAGGGGGAGGAGUCGGUUUUAGGUUUCUGGAACUCGGUCGCGUGGUUAGCGGCGGUAACCGUGCUGAUCGCGAUUCUGUCGGACCGGUUAGUGGCGACCCUGCAAGGGGCGGCGCAGGCGUGGAAUGUGUCGGUCGCGUUUAUCAGCGUGAUCGUGUUGCCGAUCGUGGGGAACGCGGCGGAGCAUGCGUCGGCCGUCAUGUUUGCGUGGCAGAACCGGUUGGACAUAACGCUGGGUGUCGCGAUUGGGUCGUCCACUCAGAUCGCCAUGUUUGUGACGCCUUUCUGCGUGGUGCUCGGCUGGAUUCUGGGGAAGCCUUUGGACCUCAACUUCCACGUCUUCGAAACGGCGACGCUCUUCAUCACGGUCUUAGUCGUCGUUUUCCUGCUCCAGGAUGGGACGUCGAACUGGCUCAAGGGGCUCUUGCUCGUCUUUUGCUACCUCAUAAUCGGUGCCAGCUUUUUCGUCCAUCAAGACGAGAUCGCGCCAAUCCGGUCGACGGGCCCUGGCGGGGGCCCGCCGCCUCAUACUUGAGGCUACUAAAUCGUUGCAAGGAAUUACGACGAUGGGGUCAGCUGAAGUCAUUAACGCACUGUGAUAUCAGAUGUGCUUGUGUAGCAUACUUCGCGAGCGAAAGCGGUUAAGAAGUGAAGGAUUGGACACGGACAAGGACUAGAUGUCCACCUAUCCAAGAGACGAUUCAUGUACAUUACAGGGAUUCGAAGCAAGAAAGUAAGUUCGGACUGAUAACUGUGUGGUAAAUCAGCUUCGAUGAAUCGGGGGUUGCAUGAAGGCGCAGACUAUUAGGUAUGCCGAUUGAUUGGAGUUGUCAGCCCAUCACUAGUGUGCUUGGGCGCCGUGCGACGAACUAUUGCGACACAAUGAGCUAGCACCACAUCCGCUUUGCAGCCACG